CUUUCUCUACAACUUUUCUCUUUGGUUCUAUUUGCUUCCACAAAACCAAUCGAUCAUUUAAUUGUAAUAGCUAGCUAGAUCCUCUCUUUAACUUUCCUUGUCCUUUCUGUGGGUUGCUCUUGUUUUCUUCAUUUGUCUUUUAAAAGUGAAAGGUUAAGUGUUUUAAGAGAUCAUGGUUUGCUUGGUAUCACGCUCCGGAAGGGAGUUGCAGAGGUACAACAGUGCUGGCGGCCGCCAAGUUGUAGGGUGCAUACCUUACAGAUAUAAAGAAGAUAUUGAAGGUAAUGUAAGCAAUAAAUUGGAGGUGCUUAUGGUUAGUUCACAAAAAGGUCAAGCUUUGAUGUUUCCCAAGGGUGGUUGGGAAGUUGAUGAAUCAGCAGAAGAAGCAGCUUGCAGGGAAGCACUUGAAGAAGCAGGAGUUACAGGAACCAUUGAGGAUGGAUUGGGCCAAUGGAAUUUCAUUAGCAAAAGAUAUGGUACAUACUAUGAAGGGCACAUGUUUCCCUUACUUGUGAAGGAGCAACUUGACCUAUGGCCAGAGAAAACUCUACGGAGAAGAAUAUGGAUGAACGUGGCUGAAGCUCGAGAAGUUUGUCACCAUUGGUGGAUGAAAGAAGCAUUAGAUAUACUUGUUAGACGACUAACUCCACAGCAAUAUACGAACUUAUAGAAUCAAUUGUUGGCUACUUGUUAGUUGUUACUAUAGAUAGAAAAUAUAUGGUCAAUAUUAUGUAUCCUGGACCGGAAUGGGCGGCCUCCCUCAUCAUGGGCGAUUUGAUCAUCUCUUCACCACCUUUGGCGAUCUCAUCACUAUGAGCGAUUUGACGUGCCUUGAGCGAGCUGAUUUGUUUUAUCACGUGUCCUAGGCUCCUAGCAAUUAUAAAUAUUGUAAUUUUUACGGUUUAAGAUAUUUUAUUAAGUAACGUUGUUACGCACUUUCCCUGAAUCAUAGCACUUGCUAGCUAAUGUAAUAAGGGAGCCAUUAGAAUCAAUGAUUAGAAUACAGAGAAGAAUAAGGUUAUGUUUUGA